CAUUUUUAAUACAAGAAUAAAUGUUUUGUAUCAAAUGUUGUUUGUUGUUUUUUGUUUCUCUCUUCUUCUUUUUGCAGAUAUAAAUGAAAACCCUAUCUGGGUUCAGUGGCAAGGCUUUACCUGCAGUCUACAAAAAGUUGCGAGAAAAAAAUUGACAUUUAAAAGAACACAGACAGAUCUUAAAACACUGACAUGCUGCUGUGAUACAGGCCAAAUAAAAAGGAUGUGGGUCUUCAUAAUACUUUACAUUGCAGGACUCAACAAUUGUGUCACUUGUGAAAUGUCCAGUGAGGGCACAGAGUCUAAUAAAUCUUCUGCAGCAAAGUCAUAUCAAAUGUACUACAUAAAACUGAAUGUAGACAAACAUGUGAUGGAAAAUGUAACAGAGAUACUGAAACCAUUUAAGAACCACAGCAUGAACUUCCAGGUUGACAACCUUCGAAUGACAACAGUGUGUGAGCGUGUCUCUCCUAACAGAGUGUGUAAGUGUGAGCCGGAAUACAGAUGGAGUGAUGACGUCUGUCAGUCCAACCAGUGUUGUAACGACAACUGCACCUUCUCCGAAAAAUCCAAUCACACUUGUAUUUCAAACAAAACAGUUACUAUCAGUGGAUCUGUGACUAUCAGAAAAUCAUAUCAGAAUUGUUUGAAAGAAGAACACACUGACGAAUAUAAGAAUUGUGCCUUAAAUUUGCUAAAUCAGCUAAAAAGUGCGUACAGCUCUUUGGCAGGAUUUGAAACCCUAAAAAUAAACAAAUUCAGUUUAGGAAGUGUCAUCGCUCAUUUUGAAAUUGUAGUGGCUGACGCCAUUAACACACAAGAGCUUACUGACCAGUCAGAAAACCUGACCCAAGCUCUGGAUGCCUCCUUUAAUCUGGACAUAAAAGGUGCUGUCACCAUGACAGGACUCGAGGACCCUGUGAAGUACAACUCUAAGCACAACAUCACCUGCUCAACUUUGAAUCCUGACGUUAUACCAAUGUGGUGGCACAAUCAAUUCAAUAAAAUAACCAACGGUAGUGAGUCUCGGAUAACAGUCAACGUUGGAUCUGGGACAAUAAAAUCAUGGUCACUCUCUCUCUUUAAAAUAACAGAACUCUGGGCAGGAAAGAUUGAAUGUCGCUACCAGAAUAAGAUAAAUUCAAUUGUGACAAAUUACUUUGCCAGUGGUGUGCUGGACGUUGCUGUCCUGCCAAUCAUCGACAUCACCACUCACCCGCAGUUUCCACGCUGUCAGAACGAGGAUGUCCAAUUCGAGGCAAAAUGUACAAUUCAGAGGAGCGCUGAAAACUACACUGUGACAUGGGCAAGUCAAUCAGUUACAAUUCUACAGAACACCCAUGUUCGCUUGGCUAAUUCACUAGUUUACCAAUCUAAGGCAGUGAUUGACUGCAAUUCACUCACACAAAAUCUCGAGAUGACUUGCAUGUUUGAGAACAGACUUGGUCAAAAUAGGAGCGCUACAGUAACUAUCAACGUCAUAGGUGUUGGCGACAAGUACUGUCCGGCUGAAGAUGACUGGGAAGAUACCAAAGCUGGGUUCCGUGCAACGUUAAAAUGUGACAAUGAAGAAGGAAAUAAAUGGAGGAAAUGCAGCAAUUCGACUGUGUGGGAACAGGUGGAAUCUGAAUGUGUACACAUGGAUGUCUAUAACAUGCACAAAAGAGCAACGCAGGUCGGCAUUGGCAUCGGCACAUUGGAGGAGAACGCUGAAGGAGUGAUUUCCAGCCUUAGCAACAUCACUAACCAAACAGAGACCAUGAGGACAUUUGCCAACAUGAAUUUCUCAGUUGAUGUGCUGUCAAUUUUAAGCAAAAAAGAAGUUCAGGUCAAUCAAGAAAUGACAGUAGAAAAACUUGUGUUCUCCUCCAGCAAUUUGAUGGAAACAUCGUAUGAAACAUUGUGGAAAGAACAAAAACGCGAAGACAAUAUGACAUUAGCUGAAAUAUACUUGGAGUCUAUUGAGAAAUUAAUUAGUAAGGCGAACAUCACUGACAUUAUCCAAAAGGAUAACGUGGAAGUAGUUGUAUGUAAGAAUUAUAAUGUGCCAGGUAAAAAGUGUACUAAUGAGGUCCUUAAUGCUACAGUCAAUUUGGAAAGCACCGAAGUUGGUAAUGUAACAACAACCGGAUUUAAACAACUGGAUAAAUAUUUGCCCAACAAUUAUGAUGCGUUUGAUCCCUCCAGCAUUGUUGUGUCAACAACAUUUUCCACAGAGAGCAAAGCAUCCAGUUCUGUUUCAAUUGAAAUUGUCUUCCCAAUGUUUUGUAAAAGACCUCCGAAUGUUGAAGUCAAGUGUGUCUCAUGGGACAACGUGACCAAAAGCUGGUCGGACCAGGGAUGUCAGUGGAAAGGUGCUUCCCAUGAGGGAAGCUGCAUUUGCAACCAUCUUUCUACCUUUGCGAUAUUAAUGGCUAAGAAACCAUUGAAGGUCCCUUUUCUGCAUGAUAUCACCUUGGCUGGAGUUUCAGUAUCGAUCAUAUCACUUGUUUUGAGCCUGUUGACAGAACUGUCUGUCUGGGCUUUAGUAGUUAAAUCAAAUACUUUGUAUUUACGGCAUACUGCCCACAUUAACAUUUCUCUGUGCUUGCUUAUCGCACAUUGUUGUUUCUUAGCAUCUUUAAAGCCAGAGGAACUCCCCCCGACACUCUGUAGUAUCACUGUGGUGUUGAAGCAUUUCUUUUACCUCUCUGUGUUUUUUUGGAUGCUGUGUCUGAGCACAACCCUCAUUCAUCAAGCAGUUUUCCUAUUCCACGAGGUGAGCAGGGGAACCUACCUGAAGUUCUCCAUGGUCCUCGGAUAUGUUUGUCCCUUCCUCAUAGUUUUCAUUACUUUUCUUUCUAACAACAUCGGUAAAGAAGGAUCCUAUUUCUCCAAGGACACCUGCUGGCUGGUUUACCGUGGAUUUCAUGGAUCCAUGAUAACAUUUCUUAUACCAGUUGGUGUAAUUGUUUUUAUCAAUAUGAUGUUCAUGCUGGUGGUUAUUCUGAAGCUCAUCGACCAUCCUAUGAAUACGGGAGCGUCCAAUGAAAAAAAGAGCCAUGCUGUCAAAGCUGUCAUGAGGUCAUUGGUCCUGCUGACCCCCAUCUUUGGUAUCACCUGGAUGCUUGGAUUUGGUGUAACAAAUCUUGACCUUACCUCUGGGCCCAUAGCAUAUGCAGUCAAUUAUGCUUUUGUCAUAACGAAUGCAUUUCAGGGUUUGUUUAUUUUUUUGACCACCUGCCCAGGAGACAAAAUGGUUCGUGAAGCACUUCUGAAACGCCUGAAGUUACGGAAAACAGAAUCUACCUCUGUGUGCUCCACUAACCUAAACUCAACAGAGAAAAACUGAAAAUCUACUCACCAAAGAAAUACAAAUUUCAAAGUUGGAGUUUCUUUUCAUCACCAGACUGCAACAUUAAGCAGUGGUCUAUG